CAGUAUUUUAAAAAUGCUACUGUAAAAAAGUAUAUUACAUAUAUUUUUUUGUUAUAAAAAAGUUUUGUGAUUUUCAUUAUGUAAAAGUUAAUUCUUUGAAAGGAUUGGAUUAAUGGAAUGCAGUUGGAUUAGUUGCAGAAAAUAAAAUCUAUUUUGUGAAUUACUAUUUGCUGAAAUUCAGUUAACGGAGCAGUCUUUCAAAGACAAUUGUCUCAAAAUUGACUUUUGGGACAUUGGUCCUUCUUGUUCUUGAGCUUAGAAUUUUUGCUGAACAUAAAUGGCUAUAAUAUGUCUGAUUUGAAAUUGUUGUACCUUUUUAUAUAGAUUAUUAUCUCCUUUUGAGUCUAGAAAAAGAAGCAAGAAAAGAGAAGAAGAAGAAAAUCUAACAUCAGCACAAGACAGUGUUGGUCUUAGACAGUCAAUGUGGUGAUGAUGGUGCUCUAAGCAGAUUGGGAAAGAAUUUCUCACUGGCAAAAAAUUAUUUCUGUAGCUUGAUGGUUACCCUCUUGGAUUUUAUCCCACUAAGAAUGAUACUUCUCCUUUAAAACAAAAAGCAAAGAAAAAAGAUUCUGUAGAAAACAGACAAAAAAGAUGUCAGGUUGACUGUCUUGUAAAGAUAUCACAUACAUUAUUCUUCCAUUUUUAAAUUAAGAUAUAUAGCUUAUUCAGCAAUAUUGAUAACAAGAACAAAAUAUUUAUUAUUUUAGAUUAUAACAAUUUAUAUUGUAUUUUUCUUCCAGUUGAUGAUUUCCGGAAGUUAGGCCAACAGUUAUUGAGUACACACUUCAAGCAGUCAGUUGAUAUGGGAGUGAUUGGAAGGGUUGAAAUAUUACCUGUAUCCUGGCACAAGGCUCUUCAUGGGGAUGCAACAGGAAUAGAUGAGAAGUUGAAGCCAAUCACCUUGAGGUCAAUACCCAAGCUACGUGAAUUCACCAAUGACACCAUAUUAGAUGUUCUCCUUUUUACAAGCCCAAUCUACUGCCAGCAUAUUGUAGAUACUGUGGCAUCUGAGUUAAACCGCUUAUACACAUUGUUCUGUGAGCGCAAUCCAUCCUUCAGUGGGCCCGUCUCUCUGGGUGGGCAUUCCCUUGGUUCUGUCAUUUUGUUUGACCUCCUUAUGCAUCAGUCUCCAAAUGCUGAAGAUUCACCAAACACUGAACCUUCACCAGCAGUGGAAAACCACAGCAUUUGUUCAAGGGACCGGAUGGACUCGGUUACAUCCCCAGUGAACUAUGUCAUGGGUGGCCAGGGAACAGGUCAACCAUCUAUCACAUACCCUCAGAUCUCAUUCAAACCAGAUGCUUUCUUCCUUAUGGGAUCUCCCAUUGGUAUGUUCAUCACAGUUCGAGGCAUAGACACAAUAGGUGUGGAUUUUGAGCUACCCACUUGCAAGCGAGUCUUCAACAUAUUCCACCCAUUUGACCCUGUGGCAUACCGCCUUGAGACUCUUAUAGAUCCUAGUCUCACAGAUCUACGACCUGUCUUGAUACCCCAUCAUAAGGGAAGAAAGAGAAUGCAUUUAGGUAAGAUCCCUUAUUUUUAACCCUUUUAAUGUGAG